CGAGUCAAAGGAUCAAGGCACCUCUCUUCUUUUCAAUGAGUCUGCUCAGAUCCAGAAAGAUUUUAGAUUGCUUUUAACUGAUUUAAUUCCACAGCUACUCUUUUUUUCUGGUUAUUUUUUAUUUUUUUUUGCUAUUAAAGCAUUCGCCAAGAGGCUGCACUGCCUGAAGAUUAUUCUGCCUGUACGGAAAUUACAAUAACCAUAAUCAGGUUGACAUUUUCCAGUCACAGCUAAAGAAAAAUAAUGGCUGACAGUCAGUUACCCUUCACCUGCCAUUACCCAUCUAACAGACACAGGGGAAGCCGUGAUCCUUUUCGAGAACAAGGACUGUCAUCUCGCCUUCUUGAUGAAGAUUUUGGCAUUCCACCUUUUUCAGAUGAUUUAACCAUGGACUGGCCAGAUUGGGCAAGGCCCAGACUGACUUCUGCCUGGUCGGGCCCUUUAAGAUCAGGCUUGGUGAGAUCAGGGAUGCCCCCACCCGUAUAUAAUUCCAGAUACACGGGUUAUCCUGACGCUCGUAACACUGUAGCAAAUAUCAGCCAGCCAUGGAAGGUCUGCGUAAAUGUGCAAACUUUCAAGCCAGAGGAGCUGACAGUUAAAACGAAGGAUGGCUUUGUAGAAGUUUCAGGUAACCAUGAAGAGCAACAGAAGGAAGGAGGAAUUGUCUCUAAAAACUUCACCAAAAAAUUUCAGUUGCCUCCGGAAGUGGAUGCACAAACUGUAUUUGCCUCACUGUCUCCAGAAGGCCUUCUUAUCAUUGAAGCACCCGUGGUGCCCCCCUACAACCAGCAGGGAGAUGAUAGUUACACAUAUGAGCUGCCUCUUGAUCCUCAAGAAGUCUGUGCUUCCUGAAAAAAACUUCAAUAACAAAAACCUCAGCUGAGGAACACAAUGUGGAUUCCAAACAAUUCUGCAAUAGGCAAACAGAUGCAUACUCUCAAUAUUGUGUAUUUUAAUCCUAACAUGAAAGUAAUUUUAAUGUACUUUACUAUAAAAAAAGAAAUUCUGGAAAGGCUCCAACAUGUCUUUGAUUUGCCUCAUUGUGAUUUUGGAUGUCAUAUACAAAAUACCUAACAGUUUUUGUUUAUUUGUUCUGAAUUGUUCUCAUUUACAGACCUGUUUCAAGUAGAAAGUGCUUACCAAAGAAUUAGGCUUCUUAGCUAAACAUAAUAAAAUUGCACAGUAUUCUAGUGUCUGCAUAGACAACCUCGGUCUCACUCAUCUGCAUAUUAUCAUUGUUAGUACUUUAGUAGAAACACUACUGUGCUGGCAAAUAAAAGCCUACUGGCUUAUCUAGUAUCUCUCAUUUACAGCAUGCCAGCAUUCUGCUCUUAUAUGCUAAGGUUUAGAUAUGCAGAUAUUCAUGGCAGGCAGUUAAAAUAAAGGCAAAAUUCAAACAGGGAAACUCAAAGGGGAAUGAUUUAUCUUUUCUUUAGCGCAUCUAGAAAAAUAAAAGAUAGGAAAGAGAAAAGAGUUUGAGGAUCACUCAGUCUAUAGCAUUCAGAGUUUAAGUAAUUCUACACAAAAAGGCAGGUAAAAGAUUGUUUACAAUGUUAAAAAUGUAAUAUUUAAUUACAUUUUGUUCCUCAGGCUAAUGACACACAGAGCUUUAACAGUUACAAUCAGGGGGCAAACAUUUGUGGUCAACCCCCCCCCCCAUGCCUAUCACUCCUUCCCCACAUAGCAGUAAUAGGCAGACCUCUGCUCAGAAAUACUCUCUUAAAUAUUUGAGCAAAAUGUUGCCUAUACAUUCCUAUAAUGAAUGUUGAUCGGGAGGCUUGCCAUCAAAUGAAAACCAGCAGCGGUCAUAUCGAUCCACGUGAUAUUAGCUUAAAAGGUGAAGCUUCCGGCUUAUGUUUAGAGGGAAAAUAAGUAUUUGUAGAAAAAAAGAGCAUCUAACAUAUACCCAGCCUAGAGAUUCUACCAGUGUUGUUACCAUUUAGGUAGGAACUUGGCAUGCAUAAAACUUUAUGAUCUUUUACACUACAUGUUUGUGACCAUUUGACAGGUGUCAACGGACUUCUAAACCCUUUUAGUCCAUCAAAAUGGAUGCAUUUUCCUAACACAAAGCAGAAAAUCUACAGCCUACAAUUUAUCAAUUGGUCUCAGAAUGUCAGUCUACAUACACUGUUUAAAUUAUGUUUUCUAGGGCCUUGUUUACCUGUGUUAGCAUACAGUAUGUCCUGUUAAUAUCAAGGCAUGCAUAAAUAUCUUUAGUUAUUAAAAUUCACAAUUAUCCCUAUAAGCUGUAAGCAGAUUGAGUGUGUCGGUUAUGGUGACCAACCUGCAACACUAGUUUCCAGAGGUCUUAUCCACAUUGUUUUCUGUGAGUCUUCAGAGAUCUUCACUGAAGGAAAAAGAACAUAGCUAGCUUGUUUACAUGCAGUGAGAUUUAAGCCUAUUGUAGGUUUAUCUGUAUAUUGGAAAUAACCAAACAUUUCUUUCACGUUUUUGUCUUGCUAAAAUUAUUGAAUAAAAGGUAUAGAAAAUAA